AUGGCUCUCCGCGAUUUACCAUGGGUGACAAUACUCUUUUCCGGUGUCGUCGCGGCGCUCGCGUACGGGAUGAUGAGGCUGAUUCAAGUGCGACGCUUCUACAAGGACCUUCCCAAGCCGCCUCACAGUUUUUUCUUUGGUCAUCUCAAACUGCUAGGCGAGACUUUCAAGUCACUGCCAAGCGACGUGCAUUACCAGGCAGCGGCUGUUACAAUUGCCAGGAAGUACAACAUGCCUGGUCUCUUCUAUCUUGAUCUGUGGCCCAUCGCAUGGGGACAGAUUGUUGUUACAAACCCAGAUGUCGCACUUGAGAUGACAGCCGUUCGAAACCACCCCAAACACGAAGCAGAGGGCCAAAUGAUUGAUCCAUUGAUCGGUCGUGGGAACAUUGUCACGGCGAAUGGGCCGCAGUGGAAGCAUCUCCACAGGAUGCUGAGUCCCGCUUUCGCUAUCUCGCACAUUACCAACAUGAGACCAAUGGUUGCUGACGAGGUAAUGAAAUUUCGGUCGAUCAUCCACGAGAAGGCCAGAUCUGGAGAGGUUUUCAAAUUGGAAGACCCUACUCAGCACUUGACGUUCGAUGUGAUCUCGACUGCGACCUUUGGGCGAUCUCUCGACGCACAAACCAAGGGCAGCCCUGCUCUGCAGCACUUUGAGAAUAUGUGUCGUGCUUACAUGGCAUCGCGAGAAUCUGUCAAUUACAUCCGGAACUUCAUUGUCAACAGAAAAGUUUUUGCCGAGCGAGACAAGUUAGAUGCCAUCGUAGUAGAUCUCAUCAAAGAGAGAUUUGAGAUUGUAAAACGCGAUAAGCUCAAUCUCUCCGAAAAGCGAGGAUUAGGAAUCAUGGAUCUCAUCUUGCGAGAUUAUAUUGCAGAGCGAGGAAACGACGUGAAGGAGCUCGACCACCAAUUCGUCCAAGAUGCUCUAUCGCAAGUUAAAACACUAUUGAUCGCUGGAAGCGGAACUACGUCUGACACCGUCUGCUUCGGAGCUAUGAUGCUCAGCGUCCAUCCUGAAGUAGUUCAAAAGAUGCGAGAAGAGCACGACCGCGUCUUCACCCCUGGCAUUGAGGCGACUUACGAGAUGCUGAAAACGGAUCCUUAUAGAGUGAACGAGCUUACAUAUACAAACCAUGUUGUCAAGGAGAUCCUGCGAUUCUUCCCGAUAGGCAACACUGCGCGUAAGGGCAUUGAUACUCUUAAGUACCAGGGCCGAGAGUGGCCGGCCAAGGAUAUCAUGAUUUGCCCAGUCCAACUGGCUAUGCACAUGGAUCCUGCGAUAUUCCCAGACCCGCUCAAAUUUGACCCCGAUCGAUAUGCACGAGAAGAUUUCCCGCGUCACGCAUGGCGUCCAUUUGAAAGAGGUCCACGUGCCUGCCUUGGUCAACCCCUGGCUAUGGACGAGUUGUUGAUCACGUUCUUGUUGACGAUACGAGAUUUCGACUUUACAUGCGCAGAUUUGAAACCCAACAAGACGCCUCGAGUGGACUGGUUCGACCUGGAUUUAACGUUUGGUGACCGCGCCUUUCAAGAGUUCGUGUUUGAAGCGAAACCACGCGAUGGCAUGCCCAUGACUGUCAAAAGAUCCAACUGGCCUUCGUAA